UUUGUGUGUUGGUUUGAAUAAAAAACGAUGCGAAAAAUACUUUUUGCAAUUUUGAUUUUUGGAAUCCUCCUCUUUUAUAUUUUUUACACGGCUAGUUGGGCCAAAGUCGAUUCAAGAACAUACUUUAUCCACAGUCGCUAUUUAGUGCACAGUCAGAAAUGUAAAAUCAAAAAUUUUGACCCUUUUGAUCCCCAAGUGAAAAGUUACUUUUUUAUCGAAGAACAGCAACCUCCUUGUGGCCCUUCUGAACUCCUAACUUUUGUCAGGACUGACAAUAAUAUCCCCACAGUCCACAUUAACGCAAAACUUGCCGUAAAAUACCCCCAAUUGAUUUGCUACUACCGGAAAGUUGAACGCUUAAAAAGCCUCACAAAACCGGACGAUCAUGUCACAUUUCACGGGAAAUUUUAUCCCUUCGACCAGAAACUCGUCCUGGACGUUGACUUCGUUUCUAUAGUUUGUAAAAACGCAAACAAGACGAUUUACGAAAACACACAUGCGCCCAUAAUCGUCAAGCAAACAGUAAUCGACAAGCAAAAUUCGAUGAAAAACCGUGAUAAAGCCUUCAGUGUGUUGAUAGUGGGAAUUGACAGUGUUUCCCGCUUGAAUUUGAUCCGAAUUUUGCGAAAAUCGUACCUGUUCCUUUGGAAACACAACUGGCUGGCCCUCAAGGGCUACAACAAGAUCGACGACAACACGUACCCCAACGUCAUGGCCCUUUUGGCCGGCCUGGACGCGCAAAACUCGGCCGAGAAAUGCCCAGCGACCAAACUCGAAGGGCUGGACCACUGCCCUUUGAUUUGGUACAACUACCGCAACGCCGGCUAUGCCACAGCGUACGCCGAGGACGAGACCACGAUCAGUACCUUCAACUUGCACAAGAAGGGCUUCACGAGCCCGCCCACCGACUACUAUUUCCGGCCCUAUCUCCAAACGACCGAAAAUUUGAAAACCAGGCUGUUCCACGGGCUGAAGUUGUGCACAGGGCCGGAAAACACCGGUGAAAGGGUGCUAAACCUGGCCAAAAAUUUCGCCAAGACUUUGAAGAACCGGCCUAGUUUUGGCUUUUUUUGGAUGAAUAGUUUCAGUCAUAAUAGUCUCAACUCGGCCUCGGUUAUGGACGAUAAAUUGUGGGAGUUUUUGCAAGAUAUUUCCAAAUCUGGGGCUUUGCAAAACACGUUCGUGGUGUUUUUGAGCGAUCAUGGGACGCGAUGGGGCGAUUUUAGGGAGACUGUCUUGGGGUGGUAUGAGGAGAGACUACCGUUUAUCUAUUUCUGGGUGCCCCGGAAAUUCAGGACGCGGUUUCCGCAAGAGUACAAGAACCUCAAACUCAAUGCUGAUAGGUUGACAACACCGUAUGAUGUUUACAUGACUUUGCAGCACAUUCUGGUGCUGUCAGGACAGGACUAUACCAUGAAGCCCAGUCAUGGGUGUGUCAAAUGUCGGUCGCUUUUUGAGCAGGUUGAUAAAGAGAGGUCUUGUGAGGAUGCUAGUAUUGACCCUCAUUGGUGCACUUGUUACAACUAUUCGCCCCUAAAUGAGACGAAUUUGGUUGAAGGUGCAAGUGAUUAUGUUCUGCGGUACAUCAAUGGGGUUAUCACUGCCCAAAACGGGGCUGGGAAGUGUGUCAUUUAUACUUUGGGAAAAAUAAUCGCUGCGCGAAUUUCAGACGACAGGAAAUUUAUUAUAGUGGUUUUGGAGAUGGAACCAAAGGCGAUUUUUGAAGUUACAGUGCGGUAUAGUCCAGGAAUUAAACCAUUUUUUAGUGUAAAUGGGGGAAUUAGCCGAAUUGAUUCGUACCGUAGCCACAGCACAUGCGUGCAUGAAGAUUUUUUAAAAAAACUCUGUUUUUGUCGUGAAUAAAAUUAAUUUUAAUUCAA